GUUCUAAAGUUCACAUCUUGGGUACUGUUCAAAAAAGCGUCAUAGGCAACUUGUACGUUCCCAGCUUGUGGACUGAAGCUCGAGUAUCAUCUUGUUAUGGCACCACCCGAUGGACCCUCCUAGCAAUAUUGCCCACAGCUAUGACAGGCAGAAAGCUUUUUAUUCCACAUUCAUUUUCAAUCCACCCGACCGUUCGCAAUGUGCCCCAAGAGUUUUGCACAGUUGCACUAGCCUUGUUUGUUUCAGCUCGAUGCUCCUUUCACGGUACGGCUAUCAAAAACACACAUAGUCUCACUUCUCGAGCGGUUAUGUGUACUCUUCUGAUAUGAAGCUUCGUUACUUUCUCGUUAAAUCAUACGGAACUUGAAUACAAUCUUGGACUUACUUUACUAGUUAAGGCAACAUUUAGACGUCUUUAGCUUUUCGUUCUUGCUGUGAAGUGCAUGAUCUCUAACUAACAUUGUUGACCGUAACGUGAUACAGAUCUAAUGGCGUUGACUUGCAAGUCAAAAAUUCUUCUUCAAGUAAACUCAACAAUUUGUGACUCUAGUGCUAAUGGAGAAGCGUAGGACACCAGGCACGAAAAUGAUUGUCGCACAUUGCGAAGAUCGUGCGCACUGCCGUUGGCAGUCGGGGCGUUCUCGGGAUUCUGCGGCUCUGGGUAACGCUUACGCUGGUGCAUCUGCAGCUCUGGGAGUUAUGGCGUCGGCGUUUUGACUUCGCUAAUAGAUUCCAAGGUUGCAGAUCUACUUACAUACUAUAUUAGGUCCGGUCUUGAAGAGGUUCUUGCUUGAAGAGCUUUGUACGAAGAGUGCAGCAAAAGGACCCUUCGCGCCUGAGUGUCGCAAUAUAAAUGGUAGGGGAACAAGGUCGUAUUCGGUCAAACCGGCGAAAUUCAUAAAAACCAUGGGGUAAGAUAGGACUCACAAACGUUGGAAAAAAGGCUGCAAUAUCACAAAUCAUUUUGACGAGUGGGGCACGUGGAUGUGAUCAUAGAAGAAGAAUCUUGUAGUCAACCAGUCAAGUAACACAGUCUUGGGUGGUAGCAACGUGAACUACUGCCGUGUAGAUACACAUAUUGGUUUGACCGAAUGGGAUAAGAAAGGUGUGCCUGAAUAGCUGCCAGUUCAUCGACCAGAGACCGCAGCCGGGCUACCUGCAGUGGGACGCCUACUGUCGCAUGACCGCUGGCGUUGACUGGUCCCGCGAUUGCGAAAAUUUUUUUGACUGCGUGCUGGGUUGCGACAUCUCGAAGGAUGUAAUCGGCGAAGGAGUGCACGGCGGCAACCUCCAAACGAAACUGUUCAUGCUUUCGCGCAGCAACGUGAAAUCCGCAUAUAGCGAGUGCGAGCUGGAGAAAUACCGCUCGUACUGUAUGCGCAAGACCCAGGGGACGUGUCGAGAAGUGGCCUUUCAGGAAGCCUGUGAGAAUUGGAAGGCUGUGAGGGCAAACACGGUGACCCCCUGUGACGUCGAUUGUUCUGCAGCGAGCCCACGGCACCCUCAAUCAUUUCUAGUUCUGCUCACAGUUUCAGUAUUCCUGUGAGGAGUACUGCCAGCGCUCUUCCUGCUGUAGAGAACGUAACGGAAGAAUAUAGUCACGAGGAAAGAAGAGCAUACCUGAGGUCAAAUAAAGUCUCGUGCCUGGAAUAGGGAGAGAUGGGCCUUAUUGACCAAGGUUGCGGAGUGGUGAUGUCGGCGCUAGUAGAGCUUAUGUAAGUUAAACUGGUAGGGAAUGAUUGCUGUUGAUAUUAUGUAUAAAGGCUUCAUAUGAAACCUCGGCCGCGUAUGCAGCAUGAAAUAAGAGAGUGGAACAGAUCCUCCGGAGUAUAGGAUACGCGCAGGUGACUGAGGGUCAGGCGAGGGUGGUAUUCUGGCGCAUGGGGCCUGCAGAAAUGGGAGGUCCUUUCGAUACUACGAGCCUUGAAGCGGAUGAAGAGAGAGUGAUGGAUACUCUGGGCGGAGAAUUUGGGCAGACUAACUGCCGGAGGGGUUGCAAGCUAAAAUGCAUCUCGAAUGCAUUGCGUUAAGCGAAGUGUUUGAGUUCUUGGCAGCGCGGGAAGGCCAUCACGGGGUCUUUCACGAAUUUGAACCUGCGUGUUGCAGCGGCAUCUCUUUUUAGUUGUAGAGAUGGUGGAGCGGGAGAUACAAAACUUUUCGCGGAUGAAAAGGCUUGGUCAAACUCCAAGCUUGUUGGAGGGAUUCCACUCUCGUUCGUGAAGUUGUGCAGCUGCUUCUCUGCUCUUUCGAAAUCCAAAUUGCCUUAAUGAUGUGGCCCAAUUGCCUUUGUGAUCUUCAGAAGUGCCUAUGGCAAGAGCCAGUCAUUGAAAUAGUUGCCGUUGGCACGCAUGUUCAGCUUAUCGCAAUGGUCCACGACCAGAAAACCCACCACAAGGUGUCUGUGGGUAUGGUCAGAGAGACGGUGAAAGUGC